UCGAAAUGCUUAGGGCAUUGGGCUAUUCCACACUGGUGUCCAUGGAAAGCUUUCGGAAGCCUAACUUCCCAUUGGUGGCUGAUUUACUUGUAUGGCUAGCCAAACGUUUCGACCCUGACAUCGAUAUUCCUCUAGAAAUAGCCACCGAGGAUGAAAGAGUGAAGCUUAUCCACAGCGCUGCUCAGUUUAUGGCGUUGAAAGCCAAUGUGAAAUUGAACACCAAAAGGCUGUAUCAAGCGGAUGGAUAUGCUGUUAAAGAGCUUUUGAAGAUUACGACACUCUUGUAUGACGCGUUGAACAUAGACGUGGAAGAAACAGAGGAAGACCGUCUGGAUCACGAUAGUUUCAAUUUGAGAGAUUUUGACAUAACUGACAAGGUGAGCGAGUUGAAAUUGUCCCGUCUAUUGGCCAGCGAGAUCACAUCCACCGGCGCCAGCUUGUUCGAUCUACUCGGGAAAGAGGUGGAUCUAAGGACCGCUCGACAAAGAAGCGUCGCCCGUCAGUUCGAACUGUCGGACGUCGAGACCGGAAUCAAGAAAGCCAUGGAAGCCAUAUCCGAAGAGUUGACCGAGACCAAACAGUUGAUAGAGAACGUGGCGGCGACCGAGGCCAGCUUGGAUUCGAAGAUCGAGAGGAGGAAGGUAGAGAUCGACAGGUACGAGAAGCGGCUUCAGACCUUGAAGAAAGUAAGGCCAGCAUUUUUGGAGGAGUUCACCGCAUUGGAGGAAGAGCUGGAACAGCUCUUCGUCCAGUAUUCAGUGAGGCUGAGGUGUUUGAAUCAACUGGAGAAGCAGUUCAGCGAUUCGGAAAGAAAUCAGAUUGAGAAACAGUUGCAGUUGACAUCGCCACGUAUCGAGACCAUUCCUCUGGAGAAGGUGGACGAAAACGAUCUAUUUUUAGAGAAGGACGACGGCUUGGAGAGGAGUGGUGCUGUUAACAGGCAAGAAAGGCCAAGGGCUAGUACUGGAGGUCGGCACAGGCCUGAGAAAGGCGCUAAGGCCUACGGAGGCAUGCAACCUCCUUUGUCUGGAAGUCAGUCGUCUUUAGAUCUUAGCACAGACUCAGAAUCAGAUGAUUUAUUCAUAGAUAAGGAUGAACCAGAAUUGAUGCAUUCCGAUGAGGAGUCUCUAGCACUGGAGCUUUCUGUGGAUAGAAGAGCUCCUUCUGGACGCAAAACUAGCAGCAAAGUGCAAGAGAAUAACAGUGAUGAUGAUUUUUAAAUUCUUUUUUUUU